CACCCCACCCUCCCCAAGCCUGCAGGACUAUCCACUCAGUCUGCCCUGGAGCUGGCAAUAGGAGUUUGGAGGGGCUGACGUCUCCGCCCAGAUGGCCUCGAGGCUGACCCCGCUGACCCUCCUGCUGCUGCUGCUGGCUGGGGAUAGCGUCUGCUCCAUUGAGAAUGGGACCCUUCACAGCACCAUGGAUCCAGAGAGCAUUCAAGAAGAAAGUCAAGGGGACAUCUUGAGAGACGAUAACCCGGAGAAUGUGUCCAUUUCACACCCCGAAGCCUCUUUCCAAACCAACUCAACCAUCCUAACAACCAGUAACACCAGUUUUGAAGCCUCCACUGAGCCUACCACUCAAUUCAACCUCACAACUGCCCAGCCCACUUCUGCAUCCUGUUGGGGGACUUUCCAGUCCUGCUCUGACUUGGAAAGUCAUUCAGCAGAAGGCUUGUUGGGAGAGUCUUUGGUAGAUUUCUCGGUGAAGCUCUACCACGCCUUCUCGGCACUGAAAAAGCCCGAGACCAACAUAGCCUUUUCCCCGUUCAGUGUCGCCAGCCUCCUCACUCAGGUCCUGCUUGGGGCUGGGGACAAGACCCGGAAAAACCUAGAGAGCCUCCUCUCCUACCCUGAGGGCUUUGCCUGUGUCCACGAGGCCCUGAAAGCCAUUAAGUCCAAAGGCUUCACCUCAGCCUCCAGGAUCUUCCACAGCCCAGACCUGGCCAUAAGGGACACCUUCCUGAACGCCUCUCAGAGGCUGUACGGCAGCAGUCCCGGUGUCCUGGGGAAUGACAGCAAUGGCAACCUGGAGCUCAUCAACAGCUGGGUGGCAAAGAAGACCCAGGGCAGGAUCCGCCAGCUGCUGGAUAGCCUGCCCUCCGACACCCGCCUCGUGCUCCUCAACGCCGUCUACCUGAGCGCCAAGUGGAAGACAGUAUUUGAUCAGAAAAAAACCAGGAUGGAGCCCUUUCGCCUCAAAUCCUCUGAGAUAAAAGUGCCCAUGAUGAUUAGCAAGAAGUACCCCGUGGCCAGUUUCACCGACCGGACUUUGAAGGCCAACAUUGGGAUGCUGCAGCUCUCCCACAAUCUGAGCUUGGUGAUCAUGGUGCCCCAGCACUUGAAGAACCAUCUGGAAGACUUGGAACAGGCUCUCAGUCCCUCUGUCUUCAAGGCUAUCAUGAAGAAGCUGGAGCUGAGCAAGUACCAUCCCACUCUCCUGAUGCUGCCCCGUAUUAAAGUGAAGAGCAACCAGGACAUGUUGCCCAUUUUGGAGAAACUAGAAUUCUUUGACUUUACCUAUGACCUUGACCUGUGCGGGCUGACAGAGGACCCAGAUCUUCAGGUCUCUGCGAUGCAGCACCAGACCAUGCUGGAGCUGACGGAGUCUGGAGUGGAGGCUGCUGCGGCCACUGCUGUCUCUGUGGCCCGAACUCUGCUGGUCUUCGAAGUCCAGCAGCCCUUCCUCUUUAUGCUCUGGAACCAAGAAUACAAGUUCCCUGUCUUCAUGGGGCGGGUGUAUGACCCCAGGGGCUGAGGAACCCAGCAGGGGCCCACUGUGGGCAAGCCCACACCCUUCACUCUUGGCUCUCCCAGUUGCAGCCCACUGUUGCCUGCCUGGACAGGCCCUGAGCCAGCUCCUGCCCAGGUCUCCUGUAUCCCCUGUCAUCCAGGGUCUGGCAAAGGAACCUGCUUCUGUCCCUUCCCUGUGACUCUGCAAAAUACUUUUUACAGCUUUCUCUGGUUCAAGUUGACCACACUACAAAUAAAACCUGGCAGACCAUGACAUCCUCUCAUUUAAAGUAUAGAGGACAAACACUCUAGUGGACCUUGUAUCAGCUACCUAUGACUGUGUAACAAAUCACUCCAAACUUAGCAGCUUCAAGGAGCAACCAUUUAUUUUACAUAAACCUUGGGGUUGGCUGAGUGGCCAUGCUGAUUGGGCUGGACCUGGCUGGUCUCCCUGGGCUGGCUUGUAUGUCUAAAGGCGGUGGAUGGGUUGGGGAAGGACUCAUGGUAGGAUAUUCUCCACUUGGCUCUUCUCCAUCCUGCCAUCAGGCUAUCUACCCUGCAAUAGUACAAUUCCAAGAACAGGCGGUCUUUUUCACAGCUCUGCAUCUCUGCUGGCAUCAAGGCUACCAUUUCCCAUCAGCCAAAGCAAGUCACAUGGCCAUACCUGGAGGGGAAAGACCUGCCAAGGUUCCAUGGCUGAGUCACCAGCUGGGGGAGAAUCGUGCCAUGUGUUUAUCCCAGCCCCUGCCACAUUAACUGGUCUGCAACAACUGGCAGCAGUAGUGACGAGCUCAGGUGAUUGGGAACUCACAGGUGGUCUGCCAUGAGCUUUGCAGGCCUUUGAUCCUCACAACUUUAUCUAGUAAAUUGAGAGCGGCUGAGUCUCUUAUUCAGAGUCACUCCUGGUAGGAAAUGCCAGACAGGAACCUGCAAAACCGUCUCUGUGGCCCUUAAGUCUGAACUCAUGGCCCCACCUUCUUUGUUUCUACCUCUCUAUCUUAAAGCCCUCCCUUCUCUUGGUGUUUCAUUUAUUUGUUCAACAGAUAGCAUGCCUAGCACUUGUCAGGCUAAGUGACACUGACAUAAAACGUGGGUCUACUUCCAAAACCUAAUGCUUGUUGGGGGCCACGGAUGGGAAGAUAACUUUUUGGGGGAGGGAUAUUGACCCUAAAUUUUCAUUCCAUCUCUGAAGAUAUCUCAGCACCAACUGGAAAUGUGAACAAGGAGAGGCAAAAGGUAGAAAGUGAUUCUGACCCUGCACACAGUACUUUGUGACCGUCCCCACCAUGCUGAGAGCCAGGUAGUAUUCCUGUCUGUGAGCUGAGGGAGGUAAAACUCAGAAAUGUUAAGGUCACACAAUUGUAAUUGAUCUGAAUUUCAAUGGACUAGGUGGCUUAUUUGGUCAGGUUAUUUCCCUUCUUUCCAAACUAGACUAUAAAUCAGAUCAGUGUUUUCUUAUAACCUCCACCAGGUGCCCCACCAAGCUUAUUAAAGUGCCUAACGCUAAAAACAAAAACUGAGUGAAUGAAUGAUUGAAUGAAUGAAUGACCACAUCCAGGUAGGAGGGAAAAAGACUCCUAUGCAUCUAGAAAAAGUAGAGGAUCUCCCUGGUGGUGCAGGGUGUAAGUCUCAGUGCCAUCACUGCUACUGCCCAAGUUUGAUCCCCAGCCAGGGAGGUGACCCACCUGGCACAGUAGACCUCGCCUGUCUCGCCCCGCUGCUCCCCUCCCUUCAGCAGUGUAUUUCAGUAGAUCCACCUAUUCUGCUCCCCACUCUGUCUCUGGUGAAUCCUUUCACACCCCGGACUUCUGGCCUACAACCCAGUUUUUCUAUGCAUAAAUCUCUAAAAAAAAAAAAAAAGUAGAAAAACUGAACACAGAAUUUAAGUAUUUCCUGUUGUGAGGCUUUUCUUAUAAUAGGAUGUGAACCAAUUUUUUUUGUUUGUUUUUGUUUUUAGCUCAUUCAUGAUUGAGUCAGUGUGGGGCUGGCAGGUCUUGGGUCUUGGUUGUGUAUCUCCUGCAGUCAGCUGGGGGUUAGCUGGAAGGUCUGAUGAAGUUUGGCUUUGCUCAGCUGGUCUAGGUCUUGGGUCUUAGCUGAGAUGAAUGAGCUGACAGACUCUGCUCCUUUUGGUCUCUCAUCUCCCUGGCGGUUAAUCUGACCUUACUCAUUUGGAGUAUAAGAAUCUAAGAAUGUGGGCACAGGCAUGAAAAACCUCUUGUCUAAACUAGAAAGUCAUGUAACAUCUGUUCUGGUUUAUUCUGCUGGCCAAGGCAGGUCAUCAGACCAGUUUAGAUUUAAAGAGGAUAAGUCUCUGGGGCCUCCCUGGUGGCGCAAGGGAUUAAGACACAACCUAUGAAACUAUCCACAGCCACUGCGGCACGAGUUAGAUCCCCAGCCAGGUGGCUACCCACAUGGUGCAGCAGACCUCUCCUGCCCCACCUGCUGUUCCCCUCAGCAGUGUAUUUCAUUCAAUUUGCCUGUUCCCACUCUGACUCUGGUGAAUCCUCUCACCACAACCCCACACUUCUGGCCUGUACCCCAGUUCUUGUAUGCAUAAAUAAAUAUUUUUUUUAAAAAAAGAGGGUAAGUCUCUGCUUCUCAAAAGACCUGCAGUCACUCUACACAAAGGCCAUUGAUACAAGAAAGCAUAAAUUGCUAGCCACAUAGUUGUCUUACGCUAGUGAAGAAUUAGCAAUUUCUGCAGUAACUUGCUGCUCUGAGGCUUUCCUAAAAGAGCUAGAUGCUUUUUGUCUAUAUCAUAAGAAUAUUAGAAAUGACAUGUCAAGUUUCAAGUUGCUUGCAUGUAAUUUUACUCUUUCUUCUGCUACCGCUGUGUCACACCUAACAACCCCCAACUUCUCUGCCUGCAAAUGUCAGUUCUGAAAAAGGAUGAUAUACCCAUAGACACACACAUCUAAGACCUCUAUCCUCCCACCCUACUCUGGGCUAGACAGCGUUCAAGUGAUCUGCUUCCCAUCCUCAACCACACAAUCCUCCUGGUGGGGUUUGGUUGAGGGAGAGAACCCUAAAGAGUGAUCAGGGUUCUGUUGCAGUUAGUCCUUGCUGCCACAUGGUGUCACUGUUGAAACUUUGUCCUGCAUAGCCUUUGAACACUUGGAACUUCCCAUGAAUUCUAGAUUCUCAGCCAAUGUGAAUUUAAUUCUCUUUGGUUCCAAAGUUUAUGGUUUGCAAAUGUUUAACCACUAUUUCCAAAGAUUAGUACUUUUGGGUUUUGCCUGGAUUCUGGAAGACUUGCUGUCUGAGCCACAUGAUAUGUUAGAACCAGCCUGGUCCUUACAAACCAUUACAGCCCAGCUAGAACCGCAAUAGCAGCAACAACUACCUAAAGCACAUCUCACAUGUACCAAGCUGUCAGGUGCCACAUGAAGAACUUUCCAUGGGUAACAAUUUUACUUAAAGAUGAUUGCACCUCAUGAAAGGGCCAUGUUACUGAAGACAUGUUAUAACUCCAGACUAUAUGAUUUGACACUGUAUUUCCCAAAAGAAUAAUUAUAAAAGGUAAGGAGAGGGCUCUUCAACCACUGUAGAAUUUUUUUGUCAUUGUGUUUAUUUACUAAACACUAAAAUCUCUGCUGUUUCACCACAUGGCAUGUCAUGACAGUUACUUGGGCUUUUUCAGGGUUUUAUAUUUAACUUCCAUUACAAAGUUAUUGAUUCUGGACAGUGUUUUUGGCACCAAUGCCACCACUUAAUGAACAAUGAGAUAACAUCAUUCUAGGAUACAGAAAAAAUUUUAAAUGAUAAAGUUGAAUAUUAAGAUAACAGUACAUUAGUCAUUAAUGUCACUAUCACGAGUUAUAAUCUACAUAAACAGCUCUAGAUUCACAAGAGAUCAAUGUCGAUGGCAAUUAUUUGCUUUGGUCAGUUCAAGUGAUGUCAUGUGGCAAUAACUGUAAUUACAACCCACUCGACUGCCAAUUUUGAAGUCACACAACCUCAAUUUUUUAUUAAUUUAAGGGGACUUGAAGCUUUUCACAUUUGCAUAAUUCAAAUUCACAUAACAGGAUAGCAUCACACCAUUAUGAUCCUUUUUUAAUAGAGGAAAAUGAAGCUUUAGAGAGCAAUUAAUCUAACCCUCCAAUGUCUCACGGCUGAUGAAUAGUGGAGCUGGGAAUAGACCCCAGUGCUUAGAACUUAGAUUCCAUUUCUCUCAAGGUAACUUUAUUUUAGAGAAUCUACUAAUAUUCCUGUCCCAAGCAAGCCCUAGUUGAAAUUACAUUCAUCCGUCCCAAAACUUCUCCACAGAAUUUUUUUUUAAAGUUUUAUUUAUUUAUGCAUACAAGAGCUGGGGUACAGGCCAAAGGUGCAGGGUUGAGAGGAUUUGCCAGAGACAGAGUGGAGUGCAGAACAGGAGAAUUGACUGAAAUACACUGCUGAGGGGAGCAGCAGGGAGACAGUAGAGGUCUGCAUGCCAUGUGGGUCAGCUCCUUGGCUAGGGAUCGAACCCAUGUCGCAGUAGCUGUGGAUUGCCUCAUAGUGCUUAUGCUUAACCCCUUAUGCCACCUGGAGGCCCUGUCCACUUAUUUAAGGGCUGCCAUUCUGAGACCAGUGCACAGUUCUCUGCCCCCCAGUGUUCUCUGCUAUUCCCGGCCAACAGCACCUCCUCUUCCAAAUACCACCCCAACAUACACAACCUUGGCUAAUCUAUAACAUAGUCAUGUAUUUUGCCUUUUCAAUCCAUCCCCCAAGAGGUUCCUUAGGAACCUGGUUGAGUAGGUGCUUCUCUGGCACCAUAGAAGCUUAAAAAAUGCUUAGUAAAAUACUUUUGAGUCAAAGUGUGCAAUGUCCAAUAUUUGGGUAAAGAUUGCAUCAUAUAAUGAUGACGCUGAUGUUAUCCUAAUGUCAUGUGUCUCCUCCCAUAACCAAUGCAGGUAGGAAUCCUGACAGCAUAGCUUCUCAUAGUUAUAUCAGCUAUGGUUCUGCCUUACAAGUCGUCUCUAGGAGAAAUGGCACAACGAUGUGAGGGUGAUCUUUCCAGCUCUCUGCUGCUCUGGGUCUCUUAUCCUUGGGGUCAGGAUUUUUAACACUCCAUGGGUGGAUGCUCCAGUCAGAUUGAGGGAUAGUUCCAUCAUGGUCACUCAGUAAACAUCUGGAGUCAGGAAGUUUAGCUAUUCCAGGAUUAAACAAUGGGCCACCCUGCAGAUUUUCUUUCCUUAUCUAUUUAAAUCUACUACCUAAAGAAAAUCUAUACUCUGCUAUUGUUCUGCAGGGACCUUUUCCUUUUCCCUUUUCCCCUGGUUGAUACAUGGCAUCUAUAGAAUUGUAUGGUCAUACUCUUCAUCUGUUUUCACUUAAAAAUUUAAUCUAACAAUUAAAAAAAUAUGAAAAAAUUAGCUCUCCAGAAGAAUACUGGGAAAAAAGGAGAAAACUAAUUUCUGAUACCAAAUAGUCUCUGAUACUAACUAGUCUCUGAUGAGGACAGUCCUUGAGUCCUGGCCUAUUCUUGUCCUGGGACGCUCCCUGUCUCAAUAGGGUUGGGAGUUGGUUUGACAUGGGAAGUUCUUGCAAACCAGAGAAAGUUCUCUGAUUUCAUGCCCCCACUUACUGCUCUGAGCUAUAGAGUGGUGGUCGCCCACCCAAACCCACCUACUAUUCUUGCAGCUUUCACAAUAGCCAAGAGAUGGAGGCAUGUGGAUCAACAGAAUGCAGGGCCUCCCUGGUGGCACAAGGGUUGAAGUCAGUGCUAUCAAGCUAUCGCCAGCUGCUGUGGCAUGAGUUCGAUCCCCAGCCAGGGAGCUAACCCACAGGGUACAGCAGACCUCUCCUGUCUCACCCACUGUUCCCCUCAGCAGUAUAUUUCAGUCAGUCUGCCUGUUCUGCUCUACUCUGUCUCUGAGAGUCCUCUCACCCCCUGUACCUGGCCUGCACCUUAGCUCUUGUAUGCAUAAAUAAAUAAAUCUUUUAAAAAAAUAAAGUAGCACAGGUCUUAGAAAGAGAAAGUAGGAGGGUGUGAUCAGGGCCUGGGGAUAGUGGGAGAAGGGAAGUCCUGUUCAAUAUGUAAGCAUUUCAAUUUUGUUGGACAAAAAAGUUCUAAAAAUGUGUUGUGAAAUGUGUAUAUAGGUAACCCUACUGUCCUGUAUAGUGAAAAUGGCUGAAAGGGUAAAUGUUAUGGGUUUUUUUUUUUUUUUGGUUUUUUUUUUUACCACACACAUACAAAAGCUCCAUUCAUGGGCAAUAAGGAUGCCCCAGGGACUCCCCAGCAGUGAGAUACUUACCCCAACUCGCACAAUGGGUAUUGUCUUCCUCCUUCAUGAAGGGAGGAGCAGAGAAGCUGAGAGACUUAUUUGAACCAACAGCCACCUGACCCCAGCACUCUCAGCCUCUCACGCUUAGACCAACAGCUAUGACACUGAGCUUGGAAGCAAAACCUUCCCCACCAGUCUUCAGAUAAGACCCCACCCUGGGUGACACUCUGAUUUCAGCUUCAGGAGAAAUCAGGAUCCAAGGACUCAGCAACUAUUACCCCGCCCAGAUUCCUGAUCCACAGACACAAUGAGAAAAGAGGUGUGUGUGGUCUGAAGCCUCUGUGUUUUGGAUAAACUUGUUACCCAGCAACAGGCAACUAAUCAAUAUACCUGGCUUGUAUGACAGACCAGAUGAGGUCUGUUUCACGCAGAUCCUGGAGACUGCAAGCAGAAAGUAGGGGUGUCUCCCCAAAGAAAGCUAAGGUGUAGUGUUAGAAGCGGAUGGAAUGCCUCCCUGGUGGAGCAAGGGGUUAAGACGCAACCUAUGAAGCUGUCCACAGCUUCUGAAGCAUGAGUUCGAUCAACGGCGCCCAGGGAGCAACCCACAUGGUGCAGCAGACCUCUCCUGUCUCACCUGCAAUUUGGUAGAUCUGCCUGUUCUGUUCCCCACUCUGUCUCUGGUGAAUCCUCUCACCCUCCGCCCACCCCUCCCCACCGGCCACAUCUGGCCUGUACCCCAGCUCUUGUAUGCAUAAAUAAAUAAAUCUUUAAAAAAAAGAAAAGAAAAGAAAAGAAGGGGAUGGAAUCCAAGCAGGCAAAAGUUCCACAUGUCUACCUCACAAAUCUGUUUGGGAAUGUAAGGAGGCAGCUGGAAACACAUCUGGAGCUAUAGAUUUGGCAGUGAUUCGUAUAAGCACAGGUGACGGUUGAAACUCUAAGACUGGAUGAAAUUGUCCUCCAAGGGAGAAGCAUCGAGGGCAGAUCUUUUGGAAAUACCAAGAUUUAAGGGACAGAUGGAAGAAGAGGCAGAGGUGAGCAGGCCAGGGCAGAGGUCUAGCAGACACAUCUGACAUCCAACACUUUGUGCUCGUCUGGUUGGUAAGACACAGCCGAGAAGUCACGGCCUCUCUCAGAAAUGCCGGCCUUCAGUUUGGAGUUGUAUAUCGGGAAACCACAACAGAGAAGUCAGCAUGGAAAUCAGGCUCACGGAUGAGUUUGCCCAGUGAGACAGCGGCUGUAGCGGCUGGGGAGGGAAGUGGACUCACGGAGAGGGAGUGGAGAUGGGAUAGUUGGAGAGCAAGGAGGCAUUGCCCAGAGGCCACAGGCCUUUCAAGACUGAUACAGUCACUCCAGGCAAAGUCUACGAAGUGGACUGUGUGCUAUGAGGCUUGAGAAAAGAACGAAGCAUCAGUAUUGAGGGAGCCACAGGUCAUCCAAGUGGGAAAUAUUCAGUGGGAAUAAGGGGUAGAGACCAGACAGCAAGGGUUAGAGAAUGGGAGCCGGUGAAGGAGAGUGGUGAAUGCAGACUGGAAUUGAGAGAAUUUUCGGGGCAGGUUGUGCGAAGGUUUGAGACCAGGUGCAGGCUGGGUUGAGAGUCUGAACCAUGUGGGCCUUCCUGGUGGCGUAAGGGGUAAAGUCUCAGCACUAUGAAGCUAUCGGCAGCCACUGCAGCAUAAGUUCAAUCCGCAGCCAGGGAGCUACCCACAUGGCACGGCAGACCUCUCCUGCCUCGCCCGCUGCUCCCCUUAGCAGUGUAUUUCAGUAGAUCUGCCUGGUCUGCUCCCCACUCUGUCUCUGGCGAAUCCUCUCACCCCCUGCACCUCUGGCCUGUACCCCUGUUCUUGUAUGCAUAAAUAAAUAAAUCUUAAAAA